UAUGCCGCUCGACAGUGUCUUAGUAGAAUGUCCGAACAAAAACUCAGGAUGUAAGGUUAAAUUAAAGACAAAAGAUGUUGAAUAUCAUGAGGAAAACUGUGAUUUUAGCACUAUUGAAUGUGAGGGUUGUCACAAAGAGUUAAAAAGGAAAGACUUGCGUCAACACGAAAAGAUAAAGAGGUGUGUUGAAUCAAAACUAAAGAGAGAGUUGAUAAAGGCAACCAAAGGGUUUAAUGAUGAAAAUAAGCAACAUAUAUUAAAAAUUAAAAUGGAUAGUGCUAAGAGAACUGGUAGACAACUACGCCAAUAUCACAAUAGAUUACAUGAGAAAAUUGGAUUCAGUCCUAGAGUUCCUAGUGCAACUCGUCGCAGUCCUCAAUUCUUUUUCUCUACAAUAUGUAAACGUUGCAACCGUUCUUUCAACGACACUACUAAUCAUUCAUCCGCAUGUACUUGGCACGAAGGGCCAAUACUUCCGGUCUUUGGAACUUGUCAAGCCUGUGGAAGAUUAGAUUAUCAAAUAGGUUGUAUAGCCGGUGAGCACUCCUGA